CAACCUACUUAAAUUAGAAAAUCAAUCAAACUAAACCUAUGUGGAUGAGGUUUCGGGCCGACAAGGAGACCACAUUGAAUUCGAUCCUCUUUCGUUUUUGCGACCCAAAAAAAAAAAAAAAAGGGUCCUCUGGUUGAAAAACUUCGGCAAUAUGUCGACGUCGAUGAAUUUGUGCCUAGGCACGAUCGAAAUGGCGGCUCGCCGGCCACGACCGAAGACCAAGACGGCGUCGAAGACCGAACAGAGCAGCAACAGUUCCAGUUUCGCUGGCUUCGGUCGCGAGAAGAAAGAGCCUCUGUGGCGGUGCGUGGAGAAUUGCGGCGCGUGCUGCAAGUUGGACAAGGGUCCAUCCUUCGUCACUCCCGAAGAGAUCUUCGAUAACCCUGGUGACGUCGAGCUUUACAGAAGCAUGAUAGGUCCGGAUGGAUGGUGUGUACACUUUGAGAAAAGCACACGGAAAUGCUCUAUUUAUCCAGACCGUCCCUAUUUCUGUCGUGUCGAGGCGGAUGUCUUCAAGUCAUUAUACGGAAUUGAUAAGAAGAAGUUCAAUAAGGAGGCAUGUGGUUGCUGUAGAGACACCAUCAAAGCAAUAUACGGUUCGAACUCAAAAGAGUUGCACAAUUUUAAUCAUGCUGUUAGAAGCUCCGAUCCCGACUAGGAAAAUGAACCUGGAUUGCUCGGCUUUGGAUGCUUAAGGCCAUCUGUUUCUAAAAGGAGCUGGUGGUCUAGGACAAUCUAGAAUUAUUCCACCAGUCUUGCAGGUGGGGGGGAGUUUUGCCAGUAUCCUAUAUGAAU